AUGAAUAUUUCUCUGGUAAACAACGGGUACGAAGGACUUCUCAUCGCUAUAAGGGAAGAUGUUUCGGAAAGUGAAGCGCUUAUUACCAGGUUAAAGGAAGUCUUUACAGACGUAUCCUCUCGUUUGUUUUCUGCAACGAGACAGCGAGCAUACUUACGGAAUGUCACAAUCCUGGUUCCAAAGUCAUGGCAGAAGAAAAACGACUACGGAGAACCAGGGAUAGAGGCAUUUGACAAAGCCAAUAUCAUCAUUGUCAAAAGUGGAAAAAACCCUGAUCACAACCCAUACGUAAUACAACCUGGACAUUGUGGGGAGCCGGGACAAUACAUGCAUUUGACGAAAAAGUUUUUGUUAGAUGAUGAUGUGGCGUCCCCGUGGGGCGAUCGAGGAAAGACUAUCGUGCACGAAUGGGGUCACUUGCGUUGGGGUUUGUUUGACGAGUACGCUUUAGAUGACGAUCCCAAGGACAAGCCGUUCUACCUCGAUUCUGGAAAGAUUGAAGGGGUGCGCUGUUCCCUGAACCUGUUUUGGGAAUUAAAUGAAGGCUGUAACGUAAGCGAAUCAAGUGGCUUACCUGAAGAUAACUGUAUUUUCAUCGUUCCAACCAAGGGUCAGGAAGCAACAGCGUCAUAUGGAUCACACCACUACGUACCAACGGUAACUGACUUCUGCGACAACAAUACAAGCCCCUCAAACCGUCAUAACGACAGGGCUCCGAAUAGGCAAAACCGCUUUUGUGCAGGACGAAGUGCAUGGGAAGUGAUGAGAGAAAGUGACGAUUUUAAAGAUGGUCGGAAUCCACCUCUCCCGAAGACCCCUGUUACAGGUACUGUACCACAUUUCACUGUCCUUCAGCAAAAACCAAGAAGAUAUGUCCUAGUUCUUGACGUCUCCGGUAGCAUGGAUAGACAAGGAGAAAACGGGAACACAAGGCUAGAAAACCUGCGACAGGCUUGCGAAGAGUAUCUUCUUCAUAUAAUCGCAGAGGGUGACUCAGUUGGAAUAGUGGAGUUUGACACCACAGCCGUAAUCAUAACAAGUCUGACUAACGUAUCGUCAGAAAGUGUGCUAGAAGCUAACGGGGCAGCAGCAGCAGGCGGUAUCCUCUUGGUCGUCAGCGAUGGAGACGAAAAUAGGCUACCGUUCAUCUCGGACGUUAAGCCAUCGCUAAUAGAUAAGAAAAUCAUCACUGAUACCAUCCUUUUCACAAAGGACGCUGACAGUCAGUUGAUUUCCCUGGCAAAAGAUACCGGGGGAAUGUCGUUUCUAGAGAGCCAGGGUACUCUGUCACCGGCCUUGAUGUCCGCUGUGACAAAGACAGUUACUCAGCGAUCAGGUGACCAAACGAAUACAGUUGUACAAGUGCUAUCGGACACGUUGACAGUUGCCGGUGGGGGCAUACCUUUACAAGGUGCAAUAUACGUAGAUAGUACAAUUGGGAAGAACACGAGUUUCGUUUUCAACUGGAAAGCAGGACUCCGCCAAAUCAGAGUUGUUUUAAAGACACCCGAUAAUGUUACCAACACUCCAGAAGACGACGAUUAUAAUUUUUCCGCUGGUACAUUAAGAUACAGGAUCAAUGGCACUGCAAAGGUUGGGAAAUGGCUGUACAUCGUCAGAAAUACGGGAACAGAGAUCGCUACAGUCCAGCUGCAAGUGUCAUCACGGCCUUCAGGAAGUGGAGAACCGAUAGUGUUGACAGCCAGUGUCAGCAGUGAUGUAGUUGACUUGGCAGACCCUGCCUCUUCCCGUAUUGCUAUCUACGGAAUAGUGACACAAGGCUUUAAAGCUGUGGUCGGAGCAAAUGUGGUGGCAUAUAUUGAUGCAAGUGGGCAAACAAAUACUUUGCAGCUUCUUGAUAACGGUGCUGGGGCUGAUAAUACCAAGAACGAUGGCAUCUACACGGCAUAUUUCCUGAACUUUGGAGAAAACGGAGCAUAUUCGAUUCGCGUAGUUGUGAUAGGCGAAGACGGUACUUCAUUAAAGUCCGUUAUUGGUGGACAAAAAGCCAUUAGAUUGGUAACCAAUAAUACUUCAGGAUACACCGCAAAGCCGGAAAUCACCUACACACCAAUAGAACCAUUCAUGCGUUCCGACAGCGGAGGUUUAUUCACCGUUAUAAAUCUUCCAACUUCGACGCCUGGUUCAGAGCCACCUGACCUCUACCCUCCUGGCAGUAUCUACGACCUGGUGCUGGGAGCAGUUAACACUGAGAAUAAAACUGUUACAUUGUCCUGGACAGCAACUGGUGAUGAUCUGGAUCAAGGAAAUGCAUCGAGCUACGACAUCCGAUACAGCACUUCAAUCUCGGAUAUCCGGAAUAACUUUAUGGAAUCGAAUAAGUUUCUUGAUGACGAUCUCCUUCAAGGGAAACUCGACUCUCCCUUGCCAGCAGGCGGAGCGGAGACUUUCAUUGUCCAAUUCAACCAAACUGUUGAUCACAACGUCACGUAUUUCAUUGCGUUAGUGGCAACGGACGACAGAAAUCAAUCAGGACAAGUGUCAAAUGUCGUGUCGGUCUCUUUUGUCUACGUUAAUCCGUUUCCUUCCGCCGAUCCUGUGACAAGUACAGAGGCAACCACUGAAUACGAAACGACUGCAGUGGACACAACAACUGAACUUACGACCCUCAAAAGCAAGCCAUUGGAGGAGGACAAUCCGUUCAAUAUCAUUGGUAUUAUCAUAGCCAGUGUUGCCGUUGUGGUUAUAAUUAUCAUAGCUGUUGCAAUUGCACUACAUAUCCGAAGGAAAAAUCUAUUGAAGGGGUACGUAAUUCAAUAG